UAUAUUUCAACAAGAACCAACCACAACCAACAACAUUCAAGAAGCUUCUUAAGUCGUGUUGUUGUGGUUCCAUUUCGCGACAGACAGGCGCAGCAACAGACGACAAACAAGAGAAGAAUCAGAAUUGUCGCCAGCAAAUCGAAAUAUCUGACCGAGAUAACAUCCCACAACCAAACAUCACACACAUCUCAUCUCGUAUACUGCGUAUUGAUUGAUUGAUCCCAUCCCCAUCCACCUUGUUAGCGCCCCUGCCCUCCCUCCUACCCUGCCCUGCCUCGCCCCCACUCCGCAUUCUCUGAGACAACCACCCAAGCCGACCAGCCGUCUUGAACAUUGAAAACCCUCUUCAAAAUUCACAACUAACUAAUAACAUUACGCAUUCUUUUUGUAUUUUUCAACACAGAAAGAUCAUAAUCGACAGAGACCCUCACUCAAGUCUUCUCUUCUAUCACCCUUUACAUUCACAAGUACUCUUUUUCGUGCGAACAAAUACCGAGACAAUCCUCAAACUUGAGUUGCGUUGUGGGGUUAUAACAACAUUUCCUACCUGGAACGAAGUGAACCAAUUCCCGAAAGAUUGAUUGAUCAACCCUUUCCAACAGCGACAGUCUCAAUUUUUUGAUUGCAGACCGAGUUUUCGAGCUUAUUUAAAUUUCUGGUUACGAAAAUAUAGAUUUUUCAAGGGAUUGGUUUCCAUGGAUUGAUCGUUGUAGUGUUAUGACAGCUGGUUAAGAUUUUGCGCCAAAGAACACGAGGGCAAGGGCAAUCGAGGUUGGAUCGAAUAAGAAGGAGAGACAAGAAGAGGAAAUCAUGACAUAUGAUCAGGGAUACCAGCAACAGUCACAGAGGCCAUAUAAUGGACGAGCUUCCCAAAGACCAGGUCCAGCACAAGGAUAUCAACAAGCUCCCGCACAACAAUAUCCACAACAACAAUAUGAUGACUAUGGUCAAGGGGGUUAUGGAUAUGAGAAUUACGAUAAUGGAUAUGGACAAGAUUACAAUGCUGGGUAUCAGGACAUGAAUGGCGGAGGCAGAGGAAAUAUGAAUGGGGGUGGUUAUGGAAAUGUGAGCGGAGGGGGGAGAGGUGGUUAUGCUCCAAAUGCGCAGGGACGCGGAAGGGGGUAUCCGCCAAACUCUAAUGGAGAAGGUAGAGGUUAUCCACCAAAUCAAAAUUAUCCUCCACAACAAGAACAAUUUGCGAAUGGCAGAGGUGGGAUGCCACCCAGAGGAGGUGGACCUGCUCCCAAUGGUAGAGGUGGACCAAUGCAAAGACCUCCUCCAAAUCGUGUUGGGCAUGGAGGACCACAAGGAGGUGGGUAUCCUCCAAAUAAUGGUCCUGUGAAUGGAAAUGGUAGACCAAUGGAUGACCGUAUGAGACCUGCACCAGGACAACAACGACCUCGGAAACCUUUAGUGACACCUCCUAGAUCUCCAGAAGCUGGAGCAUCAUCUUUUGAUAGUCCUUUUCCUUCAUUUCCAGGAGCAAAGAAGAAAACAGCAAUGUCCACAGAACAGGAAAUUACCAAAGGAUUGGGUGCAAUAGAUAUUUCGAGUCCCCCACCAAAAAGGCCCGGAACUGCUGGAAGUAGAGGAAGUCAUGAUAACUUUGGACCGAAGAGGGGUAUGUCUACUGAUGAUUAUGGCCGACCUUCAAUGGACAGUCAAGGGAGUGCACCAAGAGGAGGAUAUCCACCUCAAGGGAUACCAGAUCAACGAAGAGGUCUACCACCAAGGAGUAUGACUCAAGGUCCACCCAGACAAGAUUUCCCAGAGAGAGGUGGUCCAUCUCCAGGACAAGGAUAUGGCGGUGCACCUAGACAGAAUGGUUAUGGAGAUCGUGGUUAUGAUCAAUAUGGAAAUCCCAUGUCACCAGUUCGAGAUGAUCGAGAAAAUUUUAGUCCUCCACAACGAAGCAUGACUUUGCCAGAUGAUCCUGGACCCAUGGGAAAUGGUCCUCCAACUUCUUCAAUUGAAGCUCCAGGGAUGAGUGCACCAUAUAAUGGGCCUAUUGGACGUAGUAUGCCUGUUAGACCUGCUACAGCUACCGGAUCAAGGCCACCACCACACAGAACAUACCCAAGCCAACAAUCUGUUCAACCACCUCCACCCCCACCUCAACAGCAAUACCAGCAGGAUAGUUAUCAAGGUAAUCCUUAUGCUGACCACAAUCCGGAUGAAAGUCUUGGUCAGUUUUAUGAUGCAUAUUAUGAAGCUCCACCUCCACCUCCCAUACAUAAUCAUACUGCGGAAAUGCCAGAUUUUGAUGCGGCCCCACAGAGAAUUCUACAUAGAAGAGGUACCUCGAUUGAAGCCCAUAUUCAACCUGGAACAGGUGGACUUGGGCCUGGAUUUGAUCCAAUGGAAAGGAAUGGCAACCUACGUCAAGUCAAACCUGUAAAAUCUCAACCGGAUUUCAGAGCUCAAGCCCAAGCUCAAACGGCAAUUUUUGAAAUGGCAGGGGAUGCGCCACCAAUUCCUAGCAUGCCACAGCAGGGUUAUCAAGAUGGCUGGGGACAACAAGAUACCCAAUAUAACCAGUAUCAAGGCAUGCCACAAGAUCAAGUGUACGACCCAUAUCCUCCUCAAGCACCAAAGUUUCAACCACCGCCAAGAAGUAUGUCUGCAGCCCCCGGAGCUGGUCGUGGAAUGCCACAAUCUGAAUUUGGAGGGUAUCCGAAUGGCCCUUCGCCCCAGAAUGGCGGUUACCCUGGUCCACAAAAUGGAGGCUUUCAGGGUGGUCGUCAAAAUAGUCUACAAAAGCAAGGCAUCCCUGAAGGUGGUUUACCUCCUCAUGCUCCUCCUGUCCGAGCUGGUCUAAUACCUAAUUCUUUCGCUCAACAACAACAAAAUAUUAAACCGCCACCCAUGCGCAAUUAUGGGGGCUUUAAUCCUCCACCUCAAUCAAAUACUCCGAUACCGGUAUCCAAUGGUUCCUCCCCUGCAGGCCCUACUCCAACAAAAGCUCCCGCACAACCAGUAACUCAGGCCGAGCUAGAUCGUCUGAGACUGAAGUAUAAGAAUGGUAAUCCAAACGAUCACGAGACUCCUCUACUUUUCGUGAAGAAAUUGGUCGAAGCUUCGGAUGUUUUAGUUGCGCCUCUUGCUGAUCAACGAGCACGCAACAAAGCAAGAGAAAAGUAUGUAUUUGAAGCUACUAAAGUCCUUAAGAAAUUGAGAGAAGCUCAACAUCCAGAUGCAAUGUUCUAUUUUGCAGAUUGUUACGGUCGUGGUGCGUUGGGGCUCGAAGUCAACGAGAAGGAAGCAUUUACCCUCUACCAAUCUGCCGCAAAGCUCAAUCAUCCACAAGCUGCAUACAGAACUGCAGUUUGUUGUGAACUUGGUAACGAGGAGGGAGGUGGUACUCGUAAAGAUCCCCUCAAAGCUAUUCAAUGGUACAGACGCGCUGCCACUCUUGGAGACACACCUGCCAUGUAUAAAAUGGGUAUGAUUCAACUGAAAGGACUUCUGGGUCAACCAAUCAACCCUGGCGAAGCUGUUGUUUGGCUUAAACGAGCUGCUGAACGCGCAGAUCCUGAAAAUCCCCACGCUUUACACGAAUUAGGUCUCCUAUACGAAGCACCACAAGGUCAAAAUACAUCUCUCGUUCGCGAUGAAGCAUAUGCCUUCCAGCUUUUCCAACAAGCGGCUAAUCUCGGUUAUAAAUUCUCACAAUUUCGCCUGGGCCAAGCUUUCGAGUAUGGUCAAUUCAAUUGCCCAAUUGAUGCUAGGCAGUCUAUUUUAUGGUAUUCUAAAGCUGCGGUCCAGGAGGAACAUCAAAGUGAAUUGGCACUUAGUGGUUGGUACUUGACGGGCCACGAAAACAUCUUGCAACAAAGUGAUACAGAGGCCUAUCUGUGGGCGAGAAAGGCAGCAAUGGCAAAGUUAGCUAAGGCUGAAUAUGCUAUGGGUUAUUAUUGUGAGGAGGGUAUUGGUACGCCAAAGAGUUUGGAAGAUGCUAAGAGGUGGUAUUGGAGAGCUGCCGCGCAAAAUUUCCCUAAGGCUCGUGAAAAGCUUGAAGAACUUAAACGAAAUGGUGGAAAGCAGAGUAACAAGGGCAGAGAAAGGAUCUCGAGAUCUAAAGGGGCUAAUCAGAAAAACAAUGAGGAAUGUUCUGUUAUGUAGACGGAAAUAUUUCGUCUUUCUAUUUGGUUGGAGGAUGUAAGUGUGCAUUGUAAAUAUGGAGAGGAUGACAGGACUGGCUGAUUCUCAGAAGAGAGAAAGAAACAUGAGAAUGGAUGAGGAUGACAACAUGGAUGAGGAAACGAAAGAGUGGAUUAUUGAUAUCAGGAUUUUGGCAUGGCAUUCGGAGCAUAUUUGGAUGGAUCUGGAGAUGAUUAGAAAGAUGGGAAUUUUUGGGCGUUGGAUAUAUUUGGAAUGGAAUGGGUUGAUGGAUUAGGGCGAUAUGAUGCAUGAAUCUGACUAGAGUAGUAGCUGGAUGGAUGUGUAUGUGUAUUUUGCUGGCUUUGUGUGGGAUAUGGACGUGUAGUGGAGGGGCAGGUGAAGGAAGUGUAUUUGGUGCAGUGGGGGAGGGAGAAGAGGAAAAUAGAUUGGAGUGGAGGUCAAAUGUGUGUACAGAUGUACAGUACCAUGAUAAGAAAUCGAAUAAAUCAAAUAAAAAUUACAUAAUCAUAUAAUCACGAAAUCAUUGCAGAAGCCUUGUCAUAAAUCCUUCGCUAGACGAAAGGUGAUAUGGAGCUGAGAUGAGGUGAAAUAGACAAGCGACUUUUCUCGCCAAAUCACACCCCCCUCCCUAUU